AUAGUCAGAAGAGUGACUUGGGAGGAGGAGGAGGAAAGGGAGCACUGUUUCCUCAAAGUAUUAUCUCCUCUAAGUUGGAGAAGGAAGAAGUCUCUCGUUAAAAUUGGUGCUCGGGUUUGUUUGGGUCGGAAUUUAUCUUAUAUUGAUGUUACCUCGGUCAACUUUUAGGUCGUGAUGGUCUUUUGGUGGUUAGAUACGAAUAUGGUGUUCAUAAACGCCUGCUUCCUCAGAAGCAUGACAAUGCUUGGUAUCAUUUGCUCCUUGCUGCUUACCUGAAGCUCAUUGUGUUGAAGAAGAAAAUCCCAGAUCCCUUUCCCCAUCCUUCCGUUUAUUUACUUUGUACAGUAUUUAUAAAAGUAUUGAUGUGCUUCCACGUCAUAAAAUAUCGGGGGUGCGUGUGUACAACAUUAAAAUAUGAAACACCAUUGAAAACAAUACAGGCAAUCAUUCAAGUGAUUGGCUAAUUAAAAAAGAAAAAGUUAACAUACAAAGGUCUUCAAGUCAACAGCAGCAAGGCUGUUCGAUCUGUGGCCAGAUUGCUGCCCAAAUUGCAGCUCGCUGAUCACUACUACACUUGGGGUACAGUAAUCCCAAAUGACUGUCAUUUUCAUAAUUUCUUUUAGGUGCUUGGGAACAAAACUUGGCAAAGUUGCAUGAACUUGACCUUAAACCAAAUAAGGAACAUUUUGGAAAUGUUUAGGGAGGCUUAAGUAGACUUGGGUCCCGAAGGAGUAGCUGGAUUACCUCUUCCUGCUCUAUUAGUGUCCUAUAUAAGAGGACAAUGGGUUUGAUUUGUUUCCCUCCACCUUCCUAAUUAAGUAGUGUUUCUUCUGUUCUGUUAGCACAGGAACAGUUUAAGCAUGGUUUUCUUGACUCCUCCGUGCCCAGCCCAAUAUGGUAUCAGAGCACAACUUUGUCUGCUGCUGAAGCUUUGUGCCUCUUCUCCUAGCAAUGGUAAUCUAUCAUUCUGAACAGGCACACUUCACCUCAGCAGCAACUGCCCAUCUACUUUGCCCAUCAGAGCCAUCUUGUCUACCUGCCUGUCUGGCGGCAUGAUGGAGGAGCUGCCAGUUUUACUGAUCAACCCUAGUGUCCCUUGCCUACGAACCUAUGUGUGAGUGAAAAAGGAUUGUUCUUUGCUAUUUGUGAGGUGGCCUCUUUUCUAUGUUUGUUGAGUAUGUUACAUGUGUGCCCGUAUAUUUUCUAUUUGUUAAAAGGCAGGGACAGAAAGGAGUUGGCUGGCAGUCUGUUGCCCAGGGAAACUCAGGGUUGGCUUCGGUUGUUGACCCACAGAUAGAAUCCCUCCUGAUGUAUUUUCAGCAAGCAAAAUAAAUGCUAGUGCAGCAAGCUAACAAAAAUACUAUUGCGGGCUGCAGCAAGAUGAAAUCUAGUAUUUAUAUGUAUAGUGAGAUGAUUGUGACACCAUGUACUUCAUAUUUGCAAGACAACAAGCUAUUUGUAGAGCUACAUUUGGUCAAUGUGACUAGCCACCUGGAAGCCCUUGUAGGAUGACCUCAGGAGUCGUGUUGGAUCUGCCUCACCCAACUAACAUCAUAUAUACUAUCAAUGAAAAUAACUGCCAGCUGAAUGUGACAUGGGCUCCUGUAAAAAUAGAAGAUGACUGCAAUCUACGGUAUGUAACUGCUAUAACCACCAGUGGAGAGUGGGGCCAAAAGGAAUGGAAUGUUCAAAAUUUCCGGACAGUAUUCGUACCUCUGGGUAAAAAAGUCAUUUUUGGAGUCGCCACUUCAUGUGAAGGAAGGGGUGAUGGAGAUUAUGUUAAAAUCACUCUUUGUCAAAAGGGUACUGCAGGUACAGGAGCCACUAAAAUCCGAUGUAUGUGGUACAAUAUGAAGUACAUGAUGUGCUCAUGGCAGCGUGGAGAGAAUGCAAGUCUUAACACAACCUACAAGUUGAAUUACUGGUAUAUUGAUCAGGAAAGAGGAGGGCCAUGCACACAUUACACUAAAAAAGGUGAUGACUUUCGAUGCACUUUCGACACAAACCUUUAUUGGCCUCCAGGACUCAGCAUUUCUAUCCAGGGCAAUUCCAGAGACAUUCAGCCUGUGUGUAUAAUGAAUAAAUUACCAGACGAAUAUGAAUUUCUAGUAAAACCUGAUCCUCCAUUGAUUGUAAAUUCCAAAAGGAGCAAUGAAGGAGUUAUUCUACAGUGGACUGAACCGAGGGGUUUGAAUGACAUGUGCUAUCAACUAGAAAUUAAUAACAAACUGGACUCAGAAAUUUACAGGUUGCGUAACAAUGUAACAAUCACUCUCAAGAGUAAACAAUACUACACUUUCCGGGUGAGAGCCAGGACUUCUAAGACCAACUGUAAGCACACACCUGAUCCCUGGAGCGAGUGGAGCGAGGCAGUAGAAGUAGAUGAGAGAGAAUUUCCAUUUUCUCUCCUUCUAUACAUUCUCCUUCCAUUAUGUGUGGCAGUCCUGACUAUCAUAUUCCUCAUACACCUGAAGAGGAUUAAGAUGUUGAUUCUUCCUACAAUUCCUGAGCCUGGAAAGUUUCUGAAACAAAUGUUUGAAGACCACAUUGAAGACCUUCAAAAACCUCCCCCCGAAGACCCAAUCAAGGAUGAGCAAACCCAUUUGUUGGUAUUCAUACAGCCUUCUUGUAAUGAGAACUGAGGAAAUGAGGGGACGGUCUACAUCAGAUGACUCUUGAAUGUAAACCAGAGGUUUUGGGGGGCAGGGACUUCUAGCUGCUGGAGAAUGAAUCUCUUG